UUACUAAAGAAGGAAACAAACAUCCAUCCAGAAGGGACGGGAGAUCGAGAGAGGGAGGUGGAAAGGCAGGAGGCCUAGGGAGGGACAAUUAAAGCCGUCUGACAGAGGACGACGACAGAGAAACACCGCUACUGAGACAAAAGGACGGACGCCAUAACUCAAACCCUCGGCUUUUCAUCUAAGUCUCGGAGGAAAAAAAGGACAAAUUUUCUGUCGUCUCGCGAGAAACCCGACGAUUUUUAACAGCAAUGGCUCAAGAGACAAACCAGAGCCCGGUCCCCAUGCUUUGUGCCACCGGCUGCGGUUUCUAUGGCAACCCCAGAACAAAUGGCAUGUGCUCUGUAUGCUAUAAGGAACACCUGACGCGGCAGCAGAGCAGUGACCGCAUGAGCCCCCUCAGCCCAAUGGGCUCCGCUGCUAGUCCUACCUCAGAGGUCUCUGCUAUCCAGAGACUAGAAGCCAGUCUAGCCAAGGUUGAUGCCUCCCCUGCCUCUUCACCAGACAUGUCUAGAACUAUUCAAGGAUCCCUUCCUGUGACUCAGCAAAUGACAGAGAUGAGCAUUUCGAGAGAGGACAAACCCGAAUCCUUAGAGCCCGUUAUAAACCAGCCUGCUGCUUCUAGCCCUACUCCUGUAGCUUCUUCCAGUGUUGAAGAAAAUAAGGGUGACACCCCCAAACCCAAAAAGAACAGAUGCUUUAUGUGCCGCAAAAGGGUUGGACUCACAGGUUUUGACUGUCGCUGUGGUAACCUGUUCUGUGGCAUUCAUCGAUACUCCGACAAGCACAACUGUCCCUACGAUUACAAGGCCGAGGCCGCCGCUAAGAUCCGCAAAGAGAACCCCGUGGUUGUAGCUGACAAAAUUCAGAGAAUAUAAGUUUGACAGAGCGAUGGAGCUGGCAACAAUGAAACACCACGACAAAGACUGGAGUGUGAUUCUUUGACAAAAGCGCCGACACAAGUGGCUAAUUGAGGAUGGACAGGACUUGAUUUACCAAAUCACAACCUCAUAAUAACCGGAAAAAAGAAACAAUUUGAGAUCCUAAGCGAGGGAGAUGCAUGAAUGAUUUUUUUUUUUUUAUUAAUCCAUUAAAUUGUUUUAUCCUGUUUCUGUGGUGUGACUUUGCCGCUGUUAUGUCCUUUCUUUUUCUAAGAAUAUGUAUUGUCCUAUUUAGAGCAGAUCAGGCUAACACCAGGAUGUGCUGUCCUCCUCUCACCCUUGCCAGGCGCCAUUUUGUGCCAAAACAGCCAUUUUAGCCAGACUUUCCAGUGUUUUUUUGAACAGGGGCAAUGUUUUCGGACUGUCGCCCUCCCUGCACGAGACGAUUCGACUUCUUUGUUACCUUUACCUACCUCACAGCUGCUGCAUUAAGCUACGUUGUCUUCCCUUUUACGUUAUACAACAGUUGGAUCAUCUGUCUAAUGAUCACACCUUUAGCUUGAGGUAUUUCGCCAGACGGGUACAAAGGAAAUCACUUUGCAUUUCACAGAAUGUGAACAUUUGCAGUGGCAACCAUGUUGCAGGAUUUAACAGCCUGGGUUGAGUUCACAUUGUAACCUGACGCCUGGCAAAGGGCUGUGUGCACUUCUGUGCAGCUUGAGAGGAAGAGCAGCAUCGAUUCCUGGUGGGCCUUUUGGGUGAACUUAGGCUAGGGUUAUAAAUGAAAAAGGGGUAUAAAUGAAUGAAAUAAGUGCAUGAGUUACUCUUCCUUUUCAAAUGAAUCAUCGGGAAGAAAAAGUUUUUUUGUUUUCUGAGAAAUUGUUUGAAAUAUUUUCUUUGGCCUCCAUUGUGCUGAUGUUUGCACAUGGAUUUUAGUGCAUCUGUGGGAGUAUUUUUUUUGUUUUUUUCUUUCUUUCAUUGCGCUAACACAAUAUUCAUGUAAGCACAGCGUGUGUGUGUGUUGGUGUGAGUGUUUUGCUGCACCCCCGAUCCUAUAUAAGUUGUGGAGCUGCCCGGUUUAUCAGCACAUGUUUACAGAAGUUAAAGGAGCAUGCCCGAGCUAGAUUUAUGAAAAAUAAUAGAAAUCAAAAUUAGAUGUAACCUUUCAUCAGUUUAAUUGCUAUCAGUCUGUUUAUCUGCUAUAGAACACUGUAGAGAAGCGUGUGUGAGUAAUUGUGGGCGAGCAUGUGCACAUACCCGUGCAAAAAGUGUGUUUUUAUGGCUGCCUAACCCCAUGUAUGUUUGUGUCAUGCGUUACUUUCCCCCGUGAGGAUGUUUUUCAUUUUAAAAGAUAACUGUAUGUAUACGUUUGAGGUUUUUUUUUUCUUUUCUGACUCUAGUUAUAUGCAAAUUUGUACAAAAAAAAGAAAAAAACAACAAACUGUGUUGCUAUUUAUGUAUUACAUAUAAUCAUGCUACCCAGCAUUAAAACAGAGUAGUAUCAUGUAAAUAAAACUGUACAGAGAGACAUAA